AUGGCAUCAAAAGCAACAAAACCGAAUCUUUUUUUCUUCAUAUUUGAUUUUUAUUUAAUGAAAGGAGCACAAGAUGAUAAUGAUAUUCUUCCUGAAGCUAUUCUAUAUUUCUAUCCAAGAGAUGAGCAAAUAAGACAACAAAAACUUUUGGAUUGUGGAGAAAUCGUUGGUAUUGUACAAUAUUUUCAACAUGAUCUUUUUCAAUCUAUACCAAAAACAUUAUAUUUUCAAAAUACAUUUGUUGCACAUGAACAUUAUGGUCGACAUAGUGGCUUUUUAUCUUUAUCACAAGAUCAUUAUACAUCAGAAGAAGCACAAAUUUAUCUUAAACAUAUUUUAGAUUUAUUUAAUAUGUCAUAUGGUACAUGGGAUUAUGUACAUUCAAUUUAUGGAAAAGAUAAUAAAAUGAAUGAAUUUCUUCAUCAAGCAUUAACACCUAUUGUGGAUUAUGUUUGUAAUCAAAAACGAUCAAUAUCACAUUUAUUUUCAACUAUCGAAUAUACACCAUUGAAAAAUGGUAAUCAAAGAGUGUUAUUAGAAAGCAAACAUUGUUUAGAUUAUCUUAAAUCAAAAUAUGGAUUAAAAGAUGGACUUAUUGGAUGUGAUAAUAAAGUUUUAUAUUCAACAUGGGAUUCUGAUACAACCUUUUAUAUACAACUUCUUUUUCAAUUAAGAAAACAAUUGCCUAAAAAUUUGGUACAAAUUCCAUGGGAAUCGGAAUUCAAAUUGAAAAAUGGUGUAUCACUUUUUCGUAUUUAUAUUCAUCAAUCAUCAAAUUUAACAUCAAUUCAAAAAACUACAGAUAAAAUUACUACUACUACUACUACUACUACGGAUCCUAUGGUUUCAACUACUACUAAUACUUAUCCUAAAAUACCAACACAAGCAAUUAAUAUAUCUGAUGGUUUAUCAUCACCAUCAGAUGAUUCAUUAUUAUUAAAAAAUCGUUUUAAUAGGUUCAAUCGUGCACAAUCAACUACUGAUAGAAAACAUCUUGGGCUAUUAGUCUUAACAGAUCAAUCUGGUUCGUCUGAAGAAACAGGAUUUGAAACUGAUACAAUGGAUGAAUUAUCAUCAUCUAGUGCUAUUGAUGCAAGAAGUAUAUCAUCAGAAUCUACGAGUGAAAAUUUCAAUCAUAUUAAUGCACAGAAUUCUAAUGAAAGUUCGAGUUGUUCUUCAUUACCUACUUGGCACGAAGAAUCAUUAACUGAUGAACAAAAACUUGAAAAUUUACAUUCACGUGCAUCAACAAUGAGUAAUGAUUUGGAGAAAACUAUCAAAAUUGAGUAUAUGAAUAGUUUAAGUGAAACUGUUGAUCGAAUUCAUAUAAUACAAGUUGAUACACAUGAAAAUGAUGAUGAUGAUGAUGAUGAUGAUAUUGGAGAAUUUCAAAUAAUUCAUCCAACAAUAUCGGAUUCUUUCCAUGAUCGAACAACAAUAAUAAGUAAUCCGGAUUUUAAUAUUCCAGAAUUUCAUAAAAGUGAUCGUCAUGAAUUACGUGUUAGUUGGGCAAAUAUAUCAGAUAAAAAUAUUGAACAUGAACGAGAUGAAUUAGUACUUUAUGUUCAAAAAAAUUCACGUAUGAUGUUUGUAGGUGUUAUUCAACAAAGUUUAUUAAACGAUGAAUAUCUUAAAGAUUUAUGGAAUUUAAUGCUUUCACAAAUGGCUAAUAUGGAAGCUGAAAUUCAAGUUAUUUCAACAGCUAAUGAAUUUCUUAAACUAAGUACUGAUGUUAGAUUUCAAUUUAUUGAAAAUUCUCAUCUUGCUGAAUUCGAACGAGUAUUUGAUGGUAAUCAACGUUAUCGUAGAAUUCCUUCUGAAGAAAGUGCAUAUAUGGCAUUAUUUGCUCGAUCAGAAUUUAAACAAAAUCCUGAAUGUAAAAUUAUUGGACUAUCACGAGGUAAUCAUUUAAUAUCUGUUGAUCGUUGUUUACCUGAUCGUACGACUUAUUCAUGUCGACGAUUUCAAGAAACAUUUUAA